AUGUGGAUUGUACCUCUCAGAGGCAAGUAUCUUGUAUGGGCAGUCACAGCAUGCUGCUGUCAAGGGUUCCUUCUGCUGGGAUACGACCAGGGUGUGAUGUCAGGCAUUAUCGGCGCUCAGAACCAGUUCGGACUGGAUUUUGGGGAACCAGACGCGGCUACGCAAGGUCUCAUAGUUGCGAUCUAUGAUAUCGGCUGCGCAUUUGGAAGCUUGCUGGUCUUCUUCUUCGGCGAACACAUUGGGAGAAAGCGGAUGAUUAUGUACGGAGCGUUCACCAUGCUCAUCGGAACAGCUAUUCUCACUAGCUCAACGACUCGCGCACAACUCUACGUCGGGCGUAUAGUCACGGGCAUUGGCAACGGCUUCAACUCUUCGUCAAUACCCGUCUACCAAUCCGAAACGUGCGCAGGGCAGAUCCGAGGUACCCUCGUCUGUCUCAACUCAACAGUCACCAUCAUCGGCCUCGUCAUCGCAUACUGGCUAGACUACGGCAUGUCCUUCGUCAGCGGACCAGCGCAGUGGCGUCUCCCAGUCGGCUUCCAAGCCUUCUUCGCGCUCUGCCUCCUUUUCCAGGCGAUGACCCUGCCCGACUCGCCGCGCUGGCUGAUCGCACACGGGCGCGCUGACGAGGGCGCACGUGUCCUUGCACAGCUGGAGGACAGGGACUCGAUUGACCACCCUGAUGUGAUCGAGAAGCUGAAAGAGAUCGAGGUGUCGCUUGCUCAAGAGAGCGCUGGAGGCCCGUUCCGCUAUAAAGAGCUCCUGCAAGGCGGACCGCUGGGCAACUUCCGUAGGAUAUGCUUGUGCUGCGGCAUUAACAUCAUGCAGCAGUUUACUGGAGCCAACAUGAUAAACUAUCUUGCCCCCAUCGUAUAUCAGAACACAAUGGGCAUGUCCCGCAACCUCUCCCUUAUCCUCGGCGGUUGCACGGCCAUCACGUACAUGGUUGCCUCCUUCAUCCCACUAUGGACCGUGGACCGCUUCGGUCGCCGUGCACUCCUAAUGAUAUCCGGCGCCGGCCUAUCAAUGUGUUUCGUCAUCGCGUCGAUUCUUCUGUCCACCGGGAGCCCCUCGGCAGCAUACGGCGCGACAGCGAUGGUGUUCCUAUUCCAAGUAUUCAUGGGAAUCGGAUAUCUGCCUAUACCAUGGCUGUAUCCCGCCGAGAUCUCGACCACGCGCAUACGCGCACGCGGCUCCUCGAUAUCUUCCCUCGUCAACUGGCUCUGCGUCUUCACCGUCGUCCAAAUCACCCCACCAGCCAUCGCCAACAUCGGCUGGCGCGUGUUCAUCAUCUUCGCGAUCUUCAAUGCCGUCUGGGUGCCGCUGGUCUAUCUAUUCUUCCCAGAGACGAAGGGCCUCGAGCUGGAAGACAUCGACCACAUCUUCGAGAAGGGCGGUAUCACGGGUGGAGUGUGGUCUAGCCCGGGUGGACGGACGGUCCAUAGGAAUAGGAUCGUCGAGGAUGUGGAGGUGAGGGAGGAGAAGGAGCGGAAAGACGGGGUAUGA